AUGUCUAAUACAGAAAAUCUCGCGGUACUUAAAAGACAACGCGCUAUGAUCAAGGGAUCCUGCACGCGAAUAAAACAUUACGUCGAGACAAUUACUGCUAUCAAUACCUCGACAACGGCUCAACUUGAGGAGCGCAAAUUAAAACUAGAACAUUAUUGGGCCGAAUACCACACUGUACAGACGCAAAUAGAAAUUUUAGAAGAAGCCGAAGGUAACGAUCGGGCUGCGUUCGAGGAUGCAUUUAUGCCGCGAUGCGAGCAGCGUAAUAAUUCUUUAGAGAUUUCGGACGCGAAUUACAAUGCAGCGUGGAAUCUUCUCAAAGAGCGGUACGAUAACAAACGGGUAAUCGUGCAAAAUCAUAUCAAGGCCAUUAUAGAAUUACCUUCCAUGACAAGGGAAAAUUAUACCGAGUUAAGGCAAAUCGCGGAUGGCGCGACAAAGCACAUACACGCGUUGCAAGCUCUAAAGCGACCCACCGCGUAUUGGGACGAUAUUUUAAUACACGUGCUAUGCUCGAAAUUCGAUCCCCUCACACUACGCGAGUGGCAAUCUUCGCUUACGGGUAACGAAUUACCAACAUCCAAACAAUUCUUCGAUUUUAUCACACGACAGUGUCAGAUGCUCGAAGUCACAAACAAAUCUAGCAACGUCGCGAACGUCAAGGACGGCACUGCCAAGGCACACGCCAAGAGUCAAACAGCAUGCGCAGCUACCGUCAAGUUAAAAUGCAACUACUGUCGAGGGGAGCAUUCCAUUUAUUACUGUAAGAAUUUUCUGGUACUUCAGGUUCCUCAAAGGAUCGCGGAAAUUCGUUCUCGCAAAAUUUGCCUCAAUUGUCUGCGUUCCAACACGCACAUCGCUAGCAAAUGCACUUCAGGAGGUUGCAAGGUCUGCCAAGCCAAGCAUAACACGCUUCUUCAUAUGACGACCGCCUCGCAGCAAGCGCCUAAUUCCUCUAGCUCUUCAGGAAAGGGCAGCGACAACUCCAACUCCGCAGAAUCCUCUGCCGUAGUAGCGACACACGUCGCAGGGGGAAGUGUUAACGUCAUAUUGUCAAUGGCCAUGGUGCACGCGCGCGAUUAUCAGGGCGUGCUUCGACCUUGUCGCAUUCUGUUGGAUUGUGGUUCUCAGGCGAAUUUCAUAUCAAGGAAAUUCAUGACGAGGCUUGGCCUCACUCCCAAAUCACUAAGCGUAGCCAUAUCCGGCGUGAACGGAACGGUUACGACGGCCACGCAAGCAGUAAAAAUCGAAUUGCAAUCGCGAAUAGAUUCAUACAGUGCUACAAUCGAUUGUAUUGUCUCAGAUCAAGUUACAGAAAAACUCCCUGGCAUACCGUUAAGGCGAAGGGAUUUCGAACUGCCACGAAAUAUAAAGCUAGCUGAUCCACAAUUUCACGUAUCUUUUGAUAUCGACAUUCUAAUAGGAGCCGAAAUAUUUUGGGAUCUUCUCUUUGUAGGACAGAUACAAUCAUCGGACAGGCAUCCUAAAUUACAAAAAACGAGGUUUGGAUGGAUCCUAGCAGGACGAAUGUUUGAUUCAAAAUCAAUUCACGCAAAGGUACAUUCUCUACACGCAUCUAUAACUAACGAGCAGUUACAUGAUCAAUUAAGUCGGUUCUGGCAAUUAGACGACGCGAAAAAUGACUCCAAUAAUUUGACUCCUGAGGAAAGUUAUUGUGAGCAGCAUUUUAUCAGCAAUAUUCAUCAAAAUCCACAAGGCAGAUACGUGGUCAAACUUCCUAUUAGAGAUCAAUUAAUCGACAAGUUAGGAGACUCUCGAAGCAUUGCCAUGUCUCGUUUGAAGGGCAUCGAAAAACGUUUUAAACGACAGCCCGAUCUAGAAGAGCAAUACAAACAAAUUAUCAAUGAGUACAUAUCGUUAGGGCACAUGCAAAAAAUAGAAUUGCAGCCCGAUGAGAGUUCCCCAUGUUUUUAUUUACCGCAUCAUUGCGUAUUCAAAUCUAACAAUCAAACGUCAAAGAUCCGCGUAGUAUUUGACGCUUCAUGCAAAUCUACCGAGGGCUUAUCUUUAAAUGAUGCACUUAUGAUAGGGCCAGUAGUGCAGCAAGAGCUAACAUCCAUACUGAUCCGAUUUUGUUUCUUCAUUUAUGUUUUUAGCGCCGACUUACGUAUGGAACAUCAUCAGCUUUCAUACUUGGCCAGCAGGUGCCUUACUUAUCAUGCCGAUCAAUACGCAGCUAAGUACCCGGUAGGCUCUAGAGAGGUGAAACGCAGUUUUUACGUAGAUGACUUUUUGUCAGGAGCAGAUACUCUGCACGAGGCUAAGGUACUCCGAGAUGAACUAAUAGAAUUGCUGAGAAUAGGAUCUUUCGAACUCAGUAAGUGGGCGUCGAAUUGCCCAGAACUCCUAAAAAAUAUAAAGGAUCGUGAUGGGGAAGUAAUUACCAUUCAUAACGAGACAGAUUCUAGCAUACUAGGGAUUCAAUGGAAUCAAGUCAAGGAUGUUUUUCACUUUGCAUACAAUUCAGAUUCCACUAACAGCGCAGUAUCUAAGCGCGUUAUUCUUUCUGAAGUUUCCAGGUUGUUUGAUCCUCUGGGUCUCCUCGGACCCGUCAUUGUAAUUGCCAAACUCAUUCUUCAAGACCUGUGGAAGGCCGGCAUCCAUUGGGAUGAAUCUGUGCCGCAGGAAUUACAUACAAGCUGGCUAAAAUUCAAGUCUCAAUUACAUGCUGUAAAUCAGCUACAAAUCCCUAGGGGUGUCAAAUACAACCCAGACUCACAGCUCGUGCAAUUACACGGGUUUUGUGAUGCAAGUCAAAAUGCAUAUGGCGCAUGUAUAUAUGUACGCACAACCAUCGAAUCUAGUGAAUAUCGUUCACAGUUGCUGUGUUCAAAAUCCCGUGUGGCACCACUCAAGGCCGUGUCACUGCCAAGACUUGAACUAUCGGCAGCGGUUCUGUUAGCUCAACUCAUAACUAAGGUGAAAGACUCAUUGGGCUCGCCCAUGCAAGCAUUUCUUUGGUCGGACUCCACCAUAGCAUUGAAUUGGAUAGCUUCAUCCUCGCGCAACUGGUCAGUAUUCGUGGCAAAUAGAGUCGGAGAAAUUCAAAGGUUGACUCAGAUCAGUCAGUGGCGUCACGUCUCCUCUUCCGACAAUCCUGCAGACAUACUAUCCAGAGGCAUAUAUCCGUAUGAUUUAAUCGCAUCAUCCAUGUGGUGGCACGGGCCCAGCUUUCUACAGUUGCAUGAAAAUCAGUGGCCAUCGGGAAGUUUUACAUAUCCGAGGGAGGAUAUGCCCGAACAAAGAAGAAUAGCCGCGAUUGUCGUCAAGCAUGACCAAUGCAUGGUCAUCCAGCUAUUAACCAAGCAUUCAAGUCUAAACAAAAUCCUUCGGAUCAUUGCGUAUUGCAUGAGAUUUUCUAAGAAACGGAAUCUCGCGCCAAAUAGAACAAUAUCUUCGUCUGAACUUUUACUUGCAACGGAAAUCGUGUGCAGGGCGGUACAAAAACAAGUCUUCUCUAAAGAAUACGAAGCAUUAAAAUUAGGAACAACCAUUAAUGCAGGCAGCCGUCUAUUGCCGUUAACUCCUUUCAUGGAUAAAGAUGACCUAAUCCGGGUGGGCGGUAGGCUUAAAAACUCAAACCUAGAUUUUGACGCAUGCCAUCCCAUUUUGCUGCCGCGCAAUCACGAUUUAACACAAAAAAUAAUUAGACAAGAGCAUAUUCGGAAUAUGCACGCCGGAACGCAAGGUACUAUGGCCGCCGUCCGGCAACGUUUCUGGCCACUUUCGCUAAGAUCCGUAGCGCGAAAGAUCAUACAAGAAUGCGUAACUUGUUUUAAGGCAAAACCGCGAUUCUCGGAAGCCUUAAUGGGAUCAUUACCCGCCGGUCGAGUCACCCCAUCUAGACCGUUCGCGCAUUGUGGGAUAGACUAUGCCGGUCCAGUCACAAUACGCGAAGGAAACAGGCGCAACUCUCGCAAUCAUAAGGCCUACAUAGCCAUUUUCGUAUGCUUUGCCACUAAAGCCGCGCACAUCGAAGUCGUAAGCAAUUUAACGACAGACUGUUUUCUUGGUGCAUUCAAACGUUUCAUCGCGCGAAGAGGGAAACCGACCCACAUGUACUCGGAUAAUGGGACCACCUUCGUCGGGGCAAAAAAGCAAAUCAAGGAACUAUACGAAUUUUAUAACAAACAAGAAACGCAGUCCGAUCUCAAUCAAUUCUGUGCCAACGAGGGCAUUUGCUGGGAAUUCAUUCCGCCCAACGCUCCUCAUUUUGGCGGUUUAUGGGAAGCGGCGGUAAAAUCCGCCAAACAUCACUUGACUAGAAUUGUGGGUCAAGCCCAUUUAAAUUUUGAAGAACUGCAGACUGUAUUGUCUGAGAUAGAAGCUAUAUUAAAUUCGCGCCCUAUUACGCCACUAAGCGAGGAUCCCAACGACUUGUAUUAUCUUAGUCCGGGUCACUUUCUGGCUCCUACGAUGGCAACGCGUGGAGCAACUUCGACAGCACUUUUGGCGCAGAUGGGGAGUAGCGAGUACUUAGGCUCGUUGCAGGAAAGGUCGAAAUGGAAACAAAAUUCGGGCAUUCAACUACGCGUCAAUCAGCUCGUACUUGUAAAACAACAAAAUCUACCCCCUCUACAAUGGGCUAUAGGUCGCGUCUUAGAGAUUCAUCCCGGAUCCGACAAUGUAGUACGAACUGCAACUAUAAAAACCACCAAGGGUACUUAUGUUAGACCAUUGUCGAAGCUCGCGAUAUUACCCUCAGAAAUCCAACCGACGGAUAACUAA